AUGUUCGUGACAAGUCUUAUAUCAGUCAUCAUGCUUGCAGUCGCACCUCUUGCUUCGCAAAACAUGAUAAUAGUUGAAAGUGAUUAUUGCGUAGGAACCGGUCUUGCCACCUGCGAUAGCUGGGGAAUAUAUCCUAGUUUUGCACGACUUCUCGAAGGAUUACUAGGUUCCAUUGCAAUAUUUACCAUUUUCCUGAUAUUUGCAGGACUACGUCGAGAUAGUGGAGUAUACAGCGAGCCAUUGAGCUUGGUUGGGUUGGCAAUCAUACAUCGCAAGACUCCUCUUUCAUUCCAGGCGAUAAGCCAUAGCCAGACAAGGUUAGAAGAAGACGAGAUUCGGAUCCCCACUCAAGGAUAUACAUUUCUAAUGAUAGCGGAAGGAGAAGUGGCCAGUACGACACAAGACUCAGCUUUCUUGAGCGUGGUAGCCGUAUACUACCAAACAGAUGCGGAUACCGGAUUCAAUCGAUUCAUGAAUUCACAAGGCUUCGGAGUUCGAUUUUUUAUGACGGCUUUGGGAACGGGAACUAAUCUUCUGUGGUCGCGUAUUGACAAUGAUUUCCGUAAGAUGGAUCCUUAUCAUCAGCUCCUUCGUGGCAACGCCAAGCCUCAGAACCUCAUCUUAGCUCCCGUGCACAUGAGUCCCUAUUCAGCCCUCAUUCCUUCUAUCGGACGGAAGCAUUAUCUCGUCUCUUGGAUUUCAUUUUGUUCGAUCCUAUCCGAAUUCUUACCAAUAACUCUGGCAAAUAUACCAUACAGUAAUACAGAGAUGCGUUUAGUGCUCUUAACCUGUUUUUAUCUCGCCAUGGCUAUACUUUCUCUCAUGAUUAUUGGCGUUAUGCUGCUCCUCCUUAGAUCACGUCAUGGUGUCAAGAGUCUUCCCAAAAAGCCUUGCACAAUUGCAGCAAGGCUAGAGUAUCUAGACCCAACUGGUGAGGUGGACGAUUCGAACUUAUUGAGAAGUCUUGAUGGACUAGCUUCACUCGAAAGAGAGGAGAGAGAUGCUGGAAUUAUUUCAAGGGGUAAACUAUACAGUAUGGGCAUUGGCGAAGACGGUAAAUUAAGAAUUGAUGAAGAUGAGAGGAUUGUGGGUAAAUGGAGGGAGGAAAAUUGUGACGGUGAAGAUGUCUAA